UAAUUGUCUCUCACUUAAAAAUUCAAUCACUUGAUUACAAGGGUUGGGUCUGCUGACUCGGAGGGUUAGGAAUGACGAGGUUCAAGACUGCUUGUAGAUAAUUUAUUGUUCUUCAUUCAAGUCCAUUUCGUCUGAGCCUCAAGCUUCCUUCUUCUGGUAACUCCAAACGCCAGCAACGAAGAUGAUUGCAGGCUUGUGUGGCCCAGACGAUUGAACGUUGAACCCUGUCUUAAUUGUGAGGUACACAUACAUUCGUCGUUCAUCUGAUCAUGACCAGAUCUGGUAAUUCAUUCCCAACUUUCAUGCGCAGAACGUCUUCCAUUCGAUUCCACAACUUCGUUUCCUCCAGGUCACGCUUUAUGCCAUCCUCCGGAUGGAGAACAACCCAUAGCCCUGGGUAAUCUAUGAUCAGCGCUUGGCCGCAUUCAGUCGUUCUCUUGGUCUGCAUGUGGGACAAUAUGAAGGCAGACAUUAUAUUCUAUAGUCUAAGAUCGGCUCUUCGUUCCUACAGGACUUACUCUGAACAACGCUGUCAGUCGAUUUUUCUUUUCAAAGCAUACGCACACCAGGCCACGCAUUACCAUUGUCGAGCAAACCCAGAGAUGUGUUUUACGGAGCCAGACGAGCCCAAUCCAGCCUUCGAGGAGAUAGAAAUGCGCCAAAAGGCAGAGGCUGAGGCAGAGCAAGCCCGACAGGAUGCUAAGGCUGCCGAAGAACGAAUCGCUGAGCUCAACAGGUUGAAUAAAAAAAUACAGGAAGAGGCUAAGGCGGCUGAGCAAGCCGCUAAGGAAGCCGCGGCAGCCUCAGAGGCUCAGGCCCAUAGGGAAAGGGAGGCGAUGGCCGAGGCCAAACGUGCUGCCGACGAAGCUCGCUCACAGGCGGAAGCUGCUGCUCGUACUACCAGUGAGGAAGCAAAAAAGCAAGCGGCGCAAGCAGAGGAGGAGCGUAAGCGAACUGCCGCUGUACAAGAGCAAGCCAGACGAGACGCCCAGGCUGCCCAGGAGCGGGCCAAGAGACUACAGGAGGCUGCUGAUGAGGAGAAGAGGAAAGCGGCUGCCGCCCAGGAGGCGGCCAACGUGUCGAAGAAAGCGGCAGAGGAGCAAGUGAAGGUAGCCAAUGCUGCCAGAGAGGAGGCUGAACGCAAGUUGAAAGAGGGCAUUCAACCUGUGGUGACUCCCACACCUGAAGAAGUUAGCGCCGCCAAGCAGAGAGUACAAUAUCGCGAGGACCUGUUCCACAUCGCAAUAGCCGGGAUAGCAGGAGGAGGGAAAUCAUCUCUCAUUAAUGCCUUCCGCGGUUUGCGUAAUAAGGACAUCGGAGCUGCUGCCACUGGCGUCACCGAGACAACGCUAGUCAUGGAUAGAUACCCUCACCCUAAUGCGGAAUACCCUCUUGUCUUGUACGAUUUCCCGGGCGCUGGCACGCUCAAAAUCCCAGAUUGGCAGUACUUCAACGACCAAGGACUUUACGUCUUUGACAGCAUCAUCGUCCUGUUCGACAAUCGCUUCACCAUGACCGACAUCGCCAUCCUCACCAACUGCAGACGUUUCAAGAUCCCAACGUAUAUCGUGCGCUCUAAAGCGGAUCAGCACAUCCGCAACAUUAUGGAAGAUAUGGGGUAUGACAGCGACGAUGAUAGCAGCAAGGUCAAGAAGCUCCACCAGGCUGCACGACAGCAGUUCAUUCAGCAGACGCGCCAGAGCGUGAAAGACAACCUACAGAAUGCCAAUAUACCUGACCAACGGGUUUACAUCGUUUCGAAUAAAACGAUGCUCGAUGUCGCGUCGAAUACAACGAUAUUCGAUGUUCUGGCAAGAAAGCAGCCGAAGACCAUCGAUGAGAUUGAGUUGUUGAGCGACAUGAUCCGAGAAGCCCAAAUCAGGCGAGGACACCGUGACUGAGGCGCGACUAUCACGAAUGAGUAGUCGGUGGUGAUAUAGUUCUUCCUUCGGACUCUUACUGAUACUUCUCGUUCUUGACAUGAUCAUACCGUUCGCGACCGAGCUUGAUUCCAGACGUGCAGAUUUGGUUCUUUCUAUGUUUCUUCCUCUGUGCUGAUGUUGUUACUUCUCCUCGUGUUCUUACUGCUUGCGAGCGACUGAUUUCCAUCCGACUGAAUACAAAGGAUUUGCAAUUGAGAUUUCUAGUAGAAACCUAGAUCUACAG